AUGGAGACCAUACCUGCGCGGCGCAUUGGAAAGGGGGAGGCGCUUAUCAAGAGCGUCUCACUGUUCGUGACAAGCGGACGCAAAGCGUCAGUAGCUGCCGCUGCGGCUGCUGCAGCCUGGAAGUCGAGGACAGAACGACAGGGCGACGGAGUCAGUGUGAAGGAGGCACGAAGCAGGAAGAUGGGUGAUGAGGCGAAGUGCUUACCCAGGAUAGUGGAGGCGCUUAGGAGGAACACGCAUUUCAGCAGGCAGGAGACGGAAGCUCUGGUCCGUGUAUAUCAGAAACUAGUGGCCAGCAGUGCGGAUAUGAUGGCCGGACAGGCGGCUGGAAGUGGACAGGGGGCUCUGCUAACCUCUGGUGGUGCAGCUCCCGGUGUCUGUGAGGGCCUGGACCGAGCUGUGUUCAGGGAGCUUCUCCACAACGCGUUCGACCUUGUCACGGAAGAUGUGCUGAUGGACCGCAUCUUCUGCGCUUUCGACAGGACCUGCUGCGGGAGCGUCCGGCUCGAGGACUGGAUGUCCGGCCUGUCCGUGUUCUUGCGCGGAACACUGGAGGAGCGAACCGCCUUCUGCUUCCUCGUGUAUGACCUGAACAAUGACGGCUUCAUCACGCGCGAUGAGAUGUUCAGCCUCCUCAAAAACUGCCUGAUGAAGCAACCGGGGGAUGAAGACCCUGAUGAAGGUGUUAAGGAUCUAGUCGAACUUGUGCUGCGGAAGUUAGACACAGAUCGAGAUGGUAAGAUUUCGUUCCAGGAUUUCCAGACAGCCGUGAGAGAGGAACAGUUGUUACUGGAAGCCUUUGGGCUGUGCCUGCCCUCGGAGGGUGCAUGCCAGACUUUCAUGGCCACCUUGUGCUCAUGAUCGUCCCUUCGCAUUCCAGCACGGACUGAUCACAGGACCUGAGGUCCUAUGGCCACAGCGAUGGUUUGAACGUUCAUGAGAUGGUGAAGUUCCAAGGGAGGAGACAUUGCAACUGAACCGAACACAUCUGCUUCUCGUCUGUGGAGAUAGUUUAAUGAUAAAAUUAUGAACAGAUAAAUAAAAGCACAGAAUCACUUUUAAACAGUAGUAAGGGGGUGAAGGGUAAUAUCUUUUGGAUAUAACGCAGUGUAGUCCUUCGAAAUUUUAACAACCGUUUCGGAGGAAA